CGGGUAUCCCAUCUGUCAUUUUUGGACUUUCAAGGGUAUCGACCUAGUUGCAGCUAUCUCUAAGAACCGUGAGGUACAAUUUGAAAUACCACAAGCAAUCAGUGGGCGUAGCAGAUGGGGAACAGCAGGAGCCUGCACAUUGCACAUACUUCCAAUUGGCGUGACCGCCCUCUUGAUGUAUCUCAAUUUCUCGCAGAUAUACAUGGAGUCUGCCGGAUCGACCUACCUGCAAUCUGUUGGAGCCAAGGAUCAAAACGCCCGCCUCAAUGCACUUCAGUUUGCUGCUAAAUUACACGAAAUAUCCAUAAUUGCAUCAAUGUCCGCAAUUAUGCUUCAUUGUGUACAACACAAACUUCUCCGUGGCGAUGGGGUUCCUCUUGGCAGCUUGCUCGCAGGCUUUCAAGUGAGCAAUCCAGCUUCUCUUUGGGGGCCGGGACUUUGGGCCAGUGCUUGCUCUGGAAGCAACAGAAGCCGACGGCUCUCUUACUCCGAUGCGACUACCUUCCGAGAUCUGCAGUUCUUCAUAGCGGCGAAUGCGACAACACUUCGGCCAGACCAUGUCGAUAGUGCAUCUUUUCCGCCAAAUUGUGCGCCUACGAAUGAAACGAAUAACUUCUGUCCUGUCGGGGGAGCAUCAGAGAUCAUCGACCUUGCUUCUCCAGGAUGGAUGAAUUAUCCCUUGAACUUCACACUCCCUUUCAAUUAUCAAGACCAAGUAAUUUACAAUCGCUACGUCGAAGUUGCAGAAAAAUACUUCAUUAACACAGAUAUAAGUUGGUUCUUGACGCAGACGACACCCUUGUUUGCUGACGAGUUUUUGUUGGCAUUUGUUCAGGCAUUUGAACUAGGAUUGGAAGAAGCGUCAAGAAUAGAGCUUUCUUUCUCGAACCAUAAUCUCGUCUCAGCUCCAUCCACCUUUGCAAUCUGCAAUGAUGAAAGAUACAGGUGGAAUGGUAACGUCUCGUUGAUUGAUGGGAAUGGCACCGCUGUUACUCAGCUUUCUUUUCCCUUGCUCGACGGCAAUGUAUGGUUUGCACCUCUGUCUCCACUUUUGGAUAUCUGGAACAGCUCUACCAAGUCUGCGCUGCUCUGGAGCACACCACCAGACCUGGCUUUGAACAAUACUCCGUCCAUUGGAGUUUCGUUUAUGCCAUUGGCGAAUCCGAACUUCGAUUUGGACGAUUUGAGUCUGGCGAUAUGCUCUUGUUCCCUAUAUGUUGGAUGGGAGGCAAGUCAGAUCUUCAUUUUCUACUCGCCUGGCAUCAAUGCAGCACGCUCCAUUCUUGACCCAAACUUUGUGGCCUCAAAAAUGACCUCCCGAGUUCGAAUAGAUGCUGAUUGGGCGAACUCUGUUCUCACAUCAGACACCACUCUUGGAAAGCUAAUCACAGCAAUUCAUGGAAACGAUGACUUCAAUAGCAUCAUAAGUUGGAGAAGUCCACUGGCACUCGCCAUUACGAUCCUUCUCACAGACGCUUUAUCUAGGAUAUGA